AUGGAGUCAAUUCAUCAACUGCAUCCUGGUGAGCAGAUUAACCACCCUGGUCCUGCUCAAGCAGCAAUGAGUAAUACAAAUGUGAGUUCAACUACAACUGCCAAUGUAACGCAAGCAGAGCAGUUACAACUGCCACAGCAACAACAGCAGCUGCAGCAGCAACAGUUUCAACAGCAGGAACAAAAUGCGCAACAACAAGAGGUGAAACUUCAACAACAGCAACAACAGCAUCAACAAAAUGUGCCUAAAUCUGCUGCAGACGAGGCAAUUCAAAGAUCUUUGCUACCACAAAGAUCAACCGUGAGUAAAGGAAAGUAUUCUUUAAAUGAUUUCUCGAUAAUGAGAACAUUGGGAACAGGUUCAUUUGGUAGAGUUCAUUUAGUUAGAUCAGUUCACAAUGGAAGAUACUAUGCAAUCAAAGUAUUGAAAAAGCAACAGGUUGUGAAGAUGAAACAAGUUGAGCAUACCAAUGAUGAACGUAAAAUGUUGAAAUUGAUUGAACAUCCCUUUUUGAUAAGAAUGUGGGGUACAUUUCAAGACUCAAGAAACUUGUUUAUGGUGAUGGAUUACAUUGAAGGUGGUGAAUUGUUUUCAUUAUUGAGAAAGUCACAACAGUUCCCCAACCCUGUGGCCAAAUUCUAUGCCGCUGAAGUGACAUUGGCUUUAGAGUACUUACAUAGCCACGAUAUCAUUUAUCGGGACUUGAAACCGGAAAAUAUCUUGUUAGAUAGAAAUGGACAUAUAAAAAUUACCGAUUUUGGGUUUGCCAAGGAGGUCAGCACCGUUACAUGGACAUUGUGUGGAACACCCGAUUAUAUUGCUCCUGAAGUCAUCACCACGAAACCAUACAACAAAUCCGUUGAUUGGUGGAGUCUUGGUGUUUUGAUUUUUGAAAUGUUGGCUGGGUACACGCCAUUUUAUGAUUCAACACCAAUGAAGACGUACGAGAAGAUUUUGGCGGGAAAGAUUCAUUAUCCAAGUUUUUUCCAACCUGAUGAAAUUGAUCUUUUAUCUAAAUUGAUAACGGCUGAUUUGACUAGAAGAUUGGGGAACUUGAUAAAUGGACCUGCUGAUAUUAGGAAUCAUCCUUGGUUCAAAGAAGUGGUUUGGGAAAAGUUGUUGGCUAAAGAUAUUGAAACUCCAUAUGAGCCACCAAUCACUGCCGGGGUAGGGGAUUCAUCAUUAUUUGACCAUUAUCCUGAAGAACAACUUGAUUACGGAGUACAAGGAGAGGAUCCAUAUGGUCAAUACUUUCUCGAUUUCUAG